GGUCCGGAAGUGACGCGAGGCUCCGGCUCCAGGCUGGACGCCCGCAUUCUCUCAGGGCCGCACCCUGAGUCAACCCCGGGCAGCAUGGCUCUGCAACUUCUGUUCCUCCUCGUCUUGCAGGCCGGGAGCUGGGCUGCGAUGAGCCCCGCGGAUCUGGAGCUGUCUUCGGUGCCGAUACCAACCAAUAUUAAAUUUGAGGCCUAUAACUUUAAUACUGUCCUAUUUUGGGACUACCCAACCAUGCCACAGACCCCUGUUUUUACUGUACAGGUAAAGAACUAUGGGGAAGCAAUAUGGAUUGAUGCCUGCAAUACCUCUCAUCAUUAUUGUAAUAUCUUUUCUGUAAUUAAUGAUCCAUCACUUUCUCUGUGGGCCAGAAUUAAAGCUAGGCUUGGACAAAAAGAAUCAGCCUAUGUAGAGUCAAAAGAAUUUAUUUUAUGUAAACAAGGGAACAUCGGACCACCUGCAGUGGGUAUCAGAAAGAUGGAAAACCAAAUCAUCAUUGACAUAUUUCACCCUUUAACUAAUAUAAGUGGAAGAGAGCCAGUACCCAUCUAUGAUGAAAAUAAUUGUCACAUAUUCAUGUACACGGUGGAUUUGAGAAUAAAUGGAAGUAAGACCACGUAUAAAAUGAAAGUAGAGAAUGAAAAUGAUUGCAAUGAGACUCAGUGCCACCUCGUUAUCCCGGUGUCCUCCCUGAAUUCUGACUACUGUAUUUCAGCAGAAGGGGAAUCAAAAGAUUGGUCUGUUAAAACUGAGAUGUCCAAAGAACUUUGUAUUACCACUUCUGAUGAUAACCGCAUGGAAGAUUCUAUUUGGAUUCCAGUUGUUGCUGUUCUCCUACUUUUUCUAGUACUUAUCCUGGUAUUUGUCUGUUGUUACACUAAGAAGAUGAAUCCGUGUAAGAGGGAGAGCAUCAUGUUACCCAAGUCCUUGCUGUCUGUGGUAAAAAAUGCCUCUUCAGAGACAAAAUCUGAAUCAAAAUGUAUAUCACCCAUCACCUACCAACCGAUUGCCCCAGAAAAUGAGAAGAUGGUCUGGGAAGAGCAGUUGUCUCCAGCAACACUUGGUACGCCCACUGAAGACAACCUAGGAAAAACGGAACACCGAGAAGACGUUUCCGGUGAAAUAGAAGUGGUGACCACUGAAGAAAAUACUUCUGACGUGGCUUCUGGUAGUCCUCUGACCCCAGGAAUGAGAGAGAAUUCUGUCCAUCCAAAUAGUAACCAGUCUGAACCCUGUGUCGUCACCUUAAACUCCUAUCACUCCAGAAAUGGUUCUGAUAGUGGCGUUGUGGAAUCCGACAGCUUCUUAUCUGACUCAGAAUUUCCCCCAAAUAAUAAAACUGAAAUAAAGACCGAAGGACAGGAGUGCGUGGUGCUGAGAAACACUACCACCUCCUUUGGUUACGACAAGCCGCAUGUGUUAGUGGAUCUGCUUGUGGACGAAAGUGCUAAGGAAUCCUUGAUUGGUUAUAGACUGACAGCAGAUUCCAAAGAGUUUUCCUAAGGGCAACGAAGACGUGCCAACUUUGAAGGAUCGGCUUUUCCCAAACAGGUUUUCCGCUUUGAUUUCACGAAAGGAUCAUUCUUUCAGAAAUUGUGUCUUUGUCGAUAUUAACCAAGUAAGAGUAUCUAGGUUUACAUAAAUUGCCAAGAGGCUCUUUGGCACUGUGACAUUUGGUCUGAAAACUGCAAAGGCUUUUGAAAUUUUCCAUCUAGGUGGGCUGUUAGUUAACAGUGAAAACUCUUUUAAGAACCCUGCUUCUUAUGAUAGUAGGUGAGAUACCCCAGGGUCCUUUCUAAUCACUUCCAAGACCUAGAAUAGACUUUUUUUCGUUUCUGUGUCUCAGCUUGGUAUUUGUUUUUGGAACUCUACGAGAUAUAUAUAUAUAUAUAUAUAUAUAUAUAUAUAUAUAUAUAUAUUGUACAUAUAUAUAUAUUUUUUUAAUAGAGCAUGAGAGCAUGAGUGGGGGAAUGAGGGGCAGAGGGAGAGCGAGAGAGAAUCUUAAGCAGGCUCCACACCCAGCACAGAAUUUGAUGCGGGGCUUGAUUUCAUGAUCCUGAAGCCAUAACCUGAGCCAAAAUCAAGAGCCGGAUGCUUAACUGACUGAGCCAUCCAGGUGCCCCUAUGUAUAUAGUAUUUUUUUUUAUAUAUAUAGUAUUUUUAAAUGGUCACUUUCAGAAGAAAUCCUGAAAGCUUUCCAAAAUUGAAUUUAAAAUCUAAUUCAAAUCAAUAGACUUAAUAAGGAAUAUGUAAAUAGAAACAUGUAGAUAUUUUUCAUGGAACAUUUCAUUUAGAGACUUGUAAAUAAAGUAUAUUUAAAAUUCAUUUUUGUACUCAUUUAUUCAAGCACUCAGGCCGUUAACCUAGUAUUUUUUAUGCAUUUGCCUGUUUCCAUGCAUUGAGACUAUAGAAUUAUUUUCUAAUUAUUCAUAUCUAAUCUUUAAAACAGUCCUAAAAACAAUGUAAUCUUUAAAAA